CAAAGCAUGUACACUCGUUAGUUUCAACACCAACAGUAGAACAACAAUUGGAGUCGGUGUCGUGUUUUGACUCUCAACAUCGACCGUUUCCAAAUAGAAAUUGAAUUUACAAACGUUUUGGAUUGAAUAGAGUGGCCAACAUGUUAACCAACAAAAUUUUUAUGCGGAAAACCAAACGCGGCAAUAUUCUCAAGAUUGUACGCGAGCAUUAUUUACGCGAUGACAUUUGGUGUGGAUCAUCGAUUUGUUUGAUGUGCGAACAUCGAGCACAUGACAAAGUUUUGGAUGCUAAACCCGAAUCACCGAAUCCAAAUUAUCCGUUUCCACAUUAUCUGGUGUUGGACACAAAUGUGGUGCUCGAUCAAAUCGAUGUGUUUGAAGAGGAAGUGCUUUGCAACAUCAUCAUUUUGCACACCGUUUUGAAUGAAGUGAAACACAGGAGCUCAGCCGUGUUCAAAAAAUUGCGCAACAUCAUUUCGGAUCAGACGAGAAAUGUGUACACAUUUGUCAAUGAGCAUCACAAAGACACUUAUGUUGAACGACAACCGGGUGAAUCGGCCAAUGACCGAAACGAUCGAGCCAUUCGUGUUGCCACCGCUUGGUAUGAGUCACAUUUGAAGAAGAGUUUCGAAAAUGAUACAAAACUUCGUGCGAUUUUGCUGACUGAUGACAAGAAAAACAUGGAAAAGGCACGUGCCGAAGGUAUUUUAUGCAGCACUGUCGGCGAUUAUGUGCGUGGUCUCGACAAGUAUCCAACAUUGCAAGAUAAGCUGUCGUUGAAGGGAUUCUCGAGUCAAGACAAAAAAGUCGCCAUUUUCCCGCCACAUUUAACCGUUAAUGAGAUUCACGAGAACAUCAAAAAUGGCAAAUUAGUGCAAGGUUCGUUCGCUGCAUCGCGUGAAAAUUACCUUGAAGGAUUUGUCAAUGUGGAAGGAAUGGAAAAAUCGAUUUUGCUGCAAGGCCACGAGGGUUUGAAUAGAGCUGUUGACGGAGAUAUAGUAGCGGUCGAAUUAUUCGACGAAAAUUCAUGGAAAGCACCAAGUGAGAUGAUAUUGCAAGACGAUCAAGAAGAUCAAGGCGAUGUGUUGGAGCAGGUAAACCUGCCAGCAAUGGAAGUGGCCGUCGAAGAGAAACAGCCAACCGGCAAAGUGGUGGGUAUCAUUCGUCGAAAAUGGCGUCAAUAUUGCGGUAUCUUGCAACUCAACCCAAUUCCCGGUUCCACGCGGCACAUUUUCGUUCCUGCCGAACGUAAAAUCCCAAAAGUUCGCAUUGAAACACGUCAAUCCGAACAGCUAAAAAUGCAACGAAUCAUCAUUGCGAUCGAUCAAUGGCCACGGCAUUCACGCUAUCCCCAAGGCCACUUUGUGCGUGCACUCGGACCGUUGGGCGAUAAGGAAACUGAAAACGAAGUGUUGCUACUUGAGCAUGAUGUGCCGCACAGUAAAUUCUCGAAGGAGGUACUUAGUUUUUUGCCAUCAUUACCAUGGACAAUUACCGAAGAGGAUGUGGCCAAACGUGUUGAUCUGCGUCACAUAACCAUUUGUUCAGUCGACCCACCUGGAUGCACAGAUAUCGAUGAUGCUCUGCACUGUCGAGCAUUGUCGAACGGAAACUAUGACGUUGGCGUUCACAUUGCGGAUGUGAGUCAUUUCAUUCGACCCGGAAAUGCACUCGACAAAGAGGCUGCCUCCCGUGCAACCACUGUUUACUUGGUGGACAAACGUAUUGACAUGGUGCCAGAGCUGCUCAGUUCGAAUUUGUGUUCAUUGCGUGGUGGCGAGGAGCGAUUUGCUUUCUCAUGCGUGUGGGAAAUCGAUGAAAAUGCCAAUAUUGUCAAUACGAAGUACCAUAAGAGUAUAAUCAAAUCGAAGAAAGCGAUGACGUACGAGGAAGCACAGCUAAUCAUCGACGAUGAGACGCAACAGCAUGACAUUGCCGAAUCACUCAGAGGAUUGAAUCGACUAGCGAAAAUCCUGAAGAAGAGACGUAUUGAAAAAGGAAAAUGCGUGAAACCAAUUCAAUGGUUGAAGAGUUCAUGUUGUUAGCGAAUAUUUCGGUGGCCGAAAAGAUUAAUAGCGAAUUCCCUGAAUUUGCUAUGCUUCGGCGGCAUCCAGAACCACCACAGACCAACUUCGAGCCACUCAUUAAAGCGGGCAAACAUCUUGGUUUCGACAUUGAUACAUCGAGCGGUAAAAAAUUAGCAGAAUCAUUGGAUAGGGCGGUUCGCAAGGAUAAUCCAUACUUCAAUACAAUGUUACGUAUCUUGGCCACGCGAUGCAUGAUGCAAGCCGUGUACUUUAUCAGUGGAACAGUACAAAAAGAUGAAUUUUUCCAUUAUGGAUUGGCUGCACCAAUAUAUACACAUUUCACUUCACCUAUUCGACGAUAUGCCGAUAUAAUAGUGCAUCGGCUUUUGGCUGCGUGCAUCGGUGCCGACAGUACAUACUCUGAGUUGUUGGAUAAGCGAAAGACCGCACUCUUGUGUAAUAACUUGAAUUACCGCAAUCGGAUGGCACAAUAUGCGGGCCGAGCAUCGGUUAGUUUGAACACACAUUUGUUCUUCCGUGGGCGCACCCAAGAGGAAAAUGGAUACAUUCUGUUUGUGCGAAAGAAUGCUCUACAGAUUUUAAUCCCGAAAUUCGGUUUGGAAGGAACGAUCUAUCUGAGUGGUAAAAAGGGAGCAACACACAAAUCUGGCGUUCAAUUUGUUUUUGAUGAAGAGGAUCAUACACAACACUACAAAGAGUUUGUGUUCCGUGCGUUCGAUCCGGUUGUGAUUCGAUUGAGUUUGGACACAACAAAUGUUCAGCGUGAAAAGAUUGUGUUUGAGCUGGUGCAACCAUUCAUUCCCGAUUUCAGCAUUGAACCCAUGGACGUUGAACGAACAACUGACGAACAACAGUUAUCCGCUAAACGGAAAUCCAUCGACGACUCAAUCCCAACAGCAGACGAUGAGACACAAAAAAGUCCAUCGUCAUCCAAAACGAAAGGGAAAAAGAAUAAAAAAUCCAAGAAGUGAAUGAAUAAAAAAUUGAAUUUUGAUGUUUAUUUGACAAAAUCGGUAUUGAUUUGUUCAUACAUGCAAGCGAUAAGCCUUGUUUUUUUCUCUUUCUUUUCAUUUUUAUUAUUGAAAUAAAUAAUAUUUUUUUCUGAAUCAA